AUGGGCAUUGGACCUACAGAAUUGGAAGUGUGGGGAGAAAAGUUUGAAAAUACCACUCUUGUAGAAGGAUUUAUUCUUUUAGGACUAGUAACAAGACCUUCAUUGGAAAAACUGCUUUUUGUAAUACUUGCUGCUACCUACAUUAUGACGAUUAUUGGCAAUUUCCUGAUCAUUGGCAUUAUUAGAAUAGAUUCUCGUCUGCACACCCCAAUGUAUUUCUUUCUUCUUCAUCUUGCUUUAAUAGAAACCUUGUAUACCACUACUGUGACCCCAAACACUUUGAAGAAUCUAUUGCAUGAAGACAAAAGAAUCUCCUUUGCUGGCUGCUUAAUUCAGAUGUUUUUAUUCAUUAGUCUGGGGGGUUCUGAGUGUGUCCUUCUUGGCACCAUGGCUUAUGAUAGAUAUGUUGCAAUAUGUCAUCCUUUACUGUAUCCCACAAUCAUGAAUCAGUCUUUUUGCCUCCAACUGGCUCUGACUUGCUGGGCUAUUGGUUUGUUGAAUUCUUUGAUGCAUACCAUUCUGACAUCAAGGUUGCCCUUCUGUAAUGACUUUCAUAUUCAACACUACUUUUGUGAGAUUCCAGCCAUUUUAAAGCUCUCUUGUCAGGACAUUUUCCUUAAUGAACUUUUAGUUUUUAUUUUUGGGGGAUGUAUUACUGUGAGUUCUCUUACUCUUACACUUGUGUCAUAUGCAUCUGUUGUAACCACAGUGCUUAGGAUCCCUGGCAAAACCAUGAAAUACAAAACUUUCUCUACCUGCUCAUCACAUUUAAUAGUUGUUAGCAUCUUCUUUGGGACAGUAAUCUCCAUUUAUUUAUUUCCUGUGUCACAGUCUUCCACUGAUCAUGAUCGAGUAAUCUCCAUAGUAUAUGGUGUCCUUACACCCCUCUUUAAUCCUAUUAUAUAUAGUUUUCGAAAUAAAGAAUUUCAGAAGGCCAUGAAAAAGUUGUUAAACAUGCGAGUAGCAUGA